GCGAUUCUCGUGUAUUCUCAAUGAGAAUACACCAAGCCCAGAAAACCCAGCAAACCCAGCAAGCCCAGAGAAUACACUGCGUACUGAUAUUCUGACAGCCCUCCACAGAAGCGAUUUAAUCGUUCUAUUUCAAUGGAAAAAAGAUUGUGCGUAGAAAAAACAACCAAAUGUAUUUCUUAUUAGGGGCGGCGGAAUGAAUUUUGGGUUGGGAGUGCUCAUACCAUUGUAUGGAAUUUUUCGAGACGCUCAAAUGAUUUUUUGGUGAGAUUCUGCUGAAAAAAGACGGUUUUUCUGCUAAAUUUUCAAAAGUUGGGAGUGCUCGAGCACACUCAGCACCCGAUAUUUCGGCGCCCAUGAUUCUUAUGGUUAUUAUAUCAGUAUUAUAAAUCCUUUCAUAAGCACAGUCAUUGUCACAGAUAUAUCAUUAUAUAUCUUCAGGUUGCUGUUAGUGAUCUCCCAUUGUCUUUUACUUUUCUUUUGGACAAGAAUUAAUGAUUCCUCUGAAUAAUAUAACAAAUAUGAAUAUCUAACUAUAGUUCACAUAACAAUAUUUUUAUUUCUAAUUCAUUAUUCUGUGUAUUUAGACUGAGUUCACUCUAUCGAUGCGACAGAGUUUUUCAAAUUUUUGCUCUCAUUAAUAAGAAACUUUUUUUCAUAUAGGCAUCUAUCUUUCUUGUUUACUCUACACGGAUAGUCAAUAGUUAGUAUAAACUUUUUAUUUGUUUGAAAGAAGAAAAAGAAUAAUAUACUGAACAAAAUCACAGUCAAUGAUUGCAUUAUAUCGCUCAACAUACCAUCUUUGUAAAAGAGACAGACAAAGGAAAAACAAACAAAGAAAGAAGAAAGAAAGAACAAUAGCUACUGUUUGAGUCAGCAUGGAAAGCAAAAGUAAAAAAUAUUUGAUAUUAAAAUCAUUUAUAUAAAUUUAAAUUCAAGUUAAAUAAUAGAAUCAAAAACUCUGAAGCAGCGAGGGACUGAAAUUCUCAAAACACUAACAUUAAAAUUCUUAUUUUUAACACUGCAUGCAAUGUCAACCUAGAACAAAGGCAAAAACUUUACCAUGUAUACAAAUUUUCUAUUCUCUGUCGAAUGAACAAGUCAAAAGCAUAAAAAAAGGUGUGUGUCAUAGGCAAAAUGUAAAAAAUAUGCCUAAAAAUGGUUAUUUUAACCAGUAUAUGAUAAACAAUCUUUUUAAUCAAAAUAAAUGUCGUUGAAGUCAGUUAACAUUUUCAUUAAAGGGUUUGUCACCUUAAAAGUCAUGGAUAUUCUCAUCUGUCCUGAAUUUUUGAAAGUUUCAGAGGGGUCCUGUAUUGUGUCUCAAAAAAAGUAUGUUCUUCAGCACUUGUUAGUUUUUGUUCCAUGCCAAAAAUAGAAAAUCUUCUGGGUUAUCGAGUAUGCUGAAUACGAAAAAGCACUUUUCAGCAGCUCUAAACCAACUUUACUUUUUCUGUUCCGAUGAUAUGAUCUUCCUCCGAAAUCUCAAAAAUUCGUGCAAAUUGAAAAAACGAAUGUUUGUUGUAAGAUCACUAAUUUCCGCCGGUUGAAAAAAUUAAUGAGCCGACCGGUUUUUACCGGUUUGGAAAGCAUUUAAACCGGACAGGAUUGGACCAAAAAAUUUUAAAAUUCUCAACCGUUCACAAUUCUGCUGUUACUAUACAAAAUCUUUUUCGUUUACCAUUCUUUUUGGGGUACAUUGCUUCGUUUUUGUGAUAUAAGUCUUUAUACUUUUUUGUCCGCCCCUAAUCACUUUUCAUAACUUUUAUUCUGAGAGGUGGGAGGAUGCUGUCAAAAAUGAAUGAAAUCUUUACCGAUGUUGAUUGUUUUGCAAUCGCUUUUCUUUUAUAGGGAAACUCAAAUGGUGAAACCUACGUUUUCGCAGUUACAAACUGCUGUGAAACAAAUAUAUAUGUCUCUUGUAUUAUACGAUGAAGAAAUAAAUGUUAUUACUUUAGUGAUUAUACUUUAUCGUAUUUAUCGUUGUUGUUAUCGUGUGCGUAACGGUUCAGACGAUGACGAACAACUGCUCGAUGGCUCAUCUGAAAAUGUAAUACAAGUACCGAUCAUAACAGAGGUGAAUGAACGUUUACAGCCACAAGUGGUAGAAUAUCAAACAAUUCAUAAGUAUUAUUCAGAUGGUAGUUAUGAUGCUCGAUUAAAGUUUGGUGUUGCCGGUUAUUCGUAUGAAAAUCGAAUUAAUACAAAGAAAUAUUACGAUGUACGUAAUUGUGCAGAAUGUGAAGUUCUAGCAGCUACAAUGGCACUGAAACAUGCCAAAAAUAAGAUUCAAAAUACACAAGAUAUCAUGCUUUUGUUUACAGAUAAUUCAAAAGUUGAACAGUUAUUCUCAUAUCUAAAAGAGUAUGAUCAAAAUGAUUAUCCAGAAUUUAUCAAAGCAUACAAACAAGUUAAAUGUAAAAAGAUAGCUGUACACAUCGCUGGUCAUUCUGACCCCGUUGGUCGAACAAUUGAUGAAGAACACUUUGCAAAAGUAGAUGAGCGAGUUAAUGGUGAAUUACGUUUAUAUAAAAGACGCCAUUCUCGACGAUCAUUAUCAGUUUAA